AUGGAUUCAGCUCAAUCUAUACUCGACGACUCGUUUACUGCUAAGCUGAUUGAUGAAAUAGAAAAAAGACCUCCACUUUAUAAUAACAACUUACGAGCUUACGCAGACGUGUAUUUAAAGAAAAUACUAUGGGAAGAAAUUUGUGAAGAGGUUAUACCGCAGUGGAAUCAGCUAAGUUCUGAAAUGAAAACGAAAACAGGUCGCGAUUUGCAAAACAAAUGGGCAAAUUUACGAACCUGCUUUCGUCGAGAAUUGAACGCUCAAAAAAACCCAAAGUCGGGACAAGCUUCAACCAAAAGGCGCCAGUACAUCUACUUUCAGCAAUUAUUAUUUUUACUUCCUUAUGUUGGAAAUCAAAAAAAUGAAAGUAGCAAGCGGAAUGACGAUAAAGAUGAUGUUGAAGAUGAUGAGGAAGCUGGUACUAGCAGAUUCUCGAUUCCUAGCCGAAAGAAACCGAAGAUGGAAUCGAAUAAGUAUGUGGACGAAGUCUUAAACGAGGCACAGAAAAAUAAUGAAAUGAAAAUAGAUGCAGAUACAAAUUUUGCCCUAUCGCUUGUUCCGUCUCUUCAGAAACUUACUGAUGAAGAAAAAAUAGACGCCAAGAUUGCUAUACUAAAAGUUUUUAAGAACAUAACAGAGACUAGGUAUACAAAUACUUUACAAGCAAUACCUCAAUCAACUAAUAGCCACAUGAUGGAACUGCCCAUGUCUUCAUUUCAGCACACAAGAUCAUCAUUGCAUACUUUCCAGUAA